AUGAUUAGAGAUAGAGAGUUGCAGUCAGAGGCAACAUCGGUGCCACAACAAGGGGUUCCCAUAAGGGUAGUGGAUACGAGCAAUAUUGAGAAAUACCAAAGGCUGAACCCUCCUGCCUUCAAUGGGGGUUCUGAUCCACUGGUGGCGGAGGAUUGGAUAAAGGAGACAGAAAAAUUAUUCGAAGUGAUGACUGUGACUACAGAACAGAGGGUACAGCUGGCUACAUUCAUGUUAAGAGGGUCCGCUGAACACUGGUGGAAAUUAAAAAGAGGGGCUUUGGUCCCACCAAUCACCUGGGAAGUGUUCCUAGAAGCUUUCAAUGCAGAGUAUUUCCCAGAUUUUCUGAGACAGCGAAAGGAAUCGGAGUUUACUGAACUUAGACAAGUGAGGUUGUCUAUGGUGGAGUACGCCGAGAAAUAUAUAGAUUUGGGUCGGUUUGCGCCCGAAGUCAUGAUGAAUGAAACCAAGAAGGCCCGAAGGUUUGAGAAGGGGUUACGGUUAGAAUUGUAUCACCAAGUGGCUAUGUUUGCAUUGCCUACAUAUCAGAUGGUAUUGGAGAAGGCACAGUUGAUAGAGGCACUGUAUAAGGAACAGAUUGAUAAUAAUAAAAGACCCUCCAGUUAUAGACGACCCCCACCAUCUUCUGGUCAAACAGAGAAGAGGCAGAGAGUGGUUCAAGAGGCAGUCCCGAGUCAUCAGAUGGCCCCGAGCAGCAUGAUGUGCCCACGGUGUGGUAAAAACCAUGGAGGUCGGCCAUGUAUGAGUGGUCAAAGCUGCUAUCGGUGUGGGAGCACACAACACUUCGUACGAGAUUGCCCCCUGCUGAGAGAGUCUGGUCAACCGUUGGUUCAAGGGCGGGUGUUUGCCAUGAUUGUUCCGGAGGCGGCCGCUACUUCAGGAGUAACACAAGCAUUUUUGGGCCACAUUGUGUCGAGAGAUGGGAUAUCGGUGGACCCAGCCAAGAUAGAAGCAGUGGUGAAGUGGGAAAGGCCUAAGACUGUGACAAAGAUCAGAAGUUUCUUGGGGUUGGCGGGGUACUACCGUCGGUUUGUGCGAGGGUUCUCGAGUAUUGCGACACCUCUUACCAAGUUAACAAAAAAGAAUGUAAAGUUUGAGUGGGAUGAGAAGUGUGAGAGCAGUUUUCAAAAGUUGAAACGCAGAUUGACUACUACCCCAAUGUUGGCCAUUCCGUCGGGGGAAGGUGAUUUUGCAGUGUAUAGUGACGCAUCUCAUGUGGGGUUGGG